AUGCUUGCUAUAGGCUAUUGUAGUGAGCAUUAUGAUCGAAAGCUCGAACGGUUCGGCUAUUUUGAACCUAUACUACACUAUCUAAUUGGUGUUGUGGCAGGUGCAGCAGGUGUGCUAACAGGUCAUCCAUUGGAUACGGUUAAAAUACGUCAACAAACUGAAACACAAAGUAUUUAUCGUUGUUGCUCAUCAAUCAUACAAAAUGAGAGCAUUUUGGGAUUUUUUAAAGGAAUGUCAAGUCCAUUGAUAAGUUUUACAGCAAUUCAUGCUAUAGCAUUUGGUGUUUAUGGUAAUACAAUCAAACUUUUUGAUAAUUAUCACAAUUUACUUGGCUCAUUUAUUGCUGGCAAUAUAGCUGGUAUUGCACAAUGCAGUAUAUGUAUUCCAUCAGAUUUAGUUAAAAUAAAGUUACAAUUACAAAAAGAUAACAGACAAAAAUUGUAUAUAUCAUCAUAUGAUUGUGCUCAACAAAUGGUAAAACAACAUGGUUUUUUCUCGAUAUAUAAAGGUACAUGGAUUACAGUUGCACGAGAUGGUCCUGGUUAUGGCAUGUGGUUUGUCACAUAUGAAUUUUGUACACAAAAGUUAAGUAAAGAUGGUACAGCUUCGUCGUUAACUACAUUUCAAUUACUUUUAGCUGGAGGUAUUGCGGGUAUUAUGUCAUGGAUAUGUAAUUAUCCUUUAGAUGUGAUAAAAACACAAUUUCAAGCUAAUGAUAGCAUACAUUCAUAUAAACAAAUUUGUCAAAAUAUUAUGCGAACAUCUGGCAUCAAAGGUUUCUUUGCUGGCAUUUCAGCUACUAUUUUCCGAGCAAUUCCAGCAAAUGCAUCCAUUUUUUUUGCUGCCGAAUGGUCUUAUCGUUUGCUGUAUAAAACUAGCGAGUGGCAUGAAACAUAUUUUUCAAAAAAAUCCAAUGAUUAA